GUUAAAAUUGGCUCUUUAUUUUUGCUAUAUCUUCAAUGACACUAAUUCUAAUUCUAAGACACAAAAUAAAAUUACACGAACAUAAUUUAACCAAUGAAAACAGAUGCACAUGCACCCAAUUCUAAUUCUAAAUUCCUAAUCUAGCUGCAAAAGCUACGCACGCACAAGCACACUCUCAAUUCUUUUACCACAAAACCCUGUCCAGCGCCGCCGCCCAUCACCCAACAGCCGUUCCCGUCCGCCGGCGCCACCGCCCUCCAGCCGCAUCACCGCCUUCCAGCAAGUAGCAGCCAUCGCCGCAGCACCUCUGCACAUUUUAGAUUUCCAGGAAAAGCAAAUUAAGAUCGAAAGGUUACUAUUUUCCCCAAAUUCAUUCUCUCAUUUGCUUCUGAAGCAAAUGUAGAAGUAGCUGAAUCGACUUUUUUUCCUUUUUCAUGGGUGCCAUUCAUUUUUGUUUAAUGCAUAUCUCUCAUUUGUUAAAGCGGAACUCUCGAUUAUUAUUAGGAAUUGAGGAUUUUGUCGAGAGGCAAUAUUUAAUUUCACACUGCACUUUUGCAUAAUUUCAUUCCAAACUAAUUGAAUUGGAAAACUCGACAGUAAGAAAGACCAAAUAGUUCGAUUUCUUUAUUUUCCAAAAUUUUCUGAAAUUUAAUUUCUUUUUUUCUUUCGGGUAUUUGGUUAUCCAAAACCGAGUCGGUAACACCUAUUUCGGUUCGGUAAUGGGUAUUGAAAAUGGGCGAUUUUCGGGUUCGGGUAACCGAAAAUUUUGGUUCGGAUACCCAAACCGGAACGGAUCGACAGGCCACAAAAUAUUAUUUUUUUAAAAUCGAUAAAAAAUUGCUCAAGUUUGGUCAAGGGGUUGUUGUAAGUGUCGUUGCUUGGUAGAUCCGCGCGGCCAUUGUCCUUUUCGUAUAUAAAUCAAUUUCUCCGAUACAACCAACCAAAACCAAUACUAUACUUUCUCACUACAUUCCACCAAAGGUCUCUCUCUCCAGCUCUACUUUUCGCUGCAGGAGCUACUUGCUGAGCAAAGAGAUGGCUUGCUCAAGUGUGGUCAAACUCAACGCCGCCUCCUCCUCGUGGAUCGCAGGCCAGAAUUCGUUCAAUAAGCCGACCGGAUCGUCGGCGGGAUUCCCCAACCGCCGCGUUUCCGUCAUCCGCGCCGGAUCUUACACCGACGAGCUCCUCAAGACCGCUAAAUCGAUUGCAUCUCCUGGUCGGGGAAUCCUUGCAAUUGAUGAAUCCAAUGCAACGUGCGGAAAGAGGUUGGCCUCCAUUGGACUUGACAACACAGAAACAAACCGACAGGCUUAUAGACAACUUCUGCUGACCACUCCUGGCCUGGGUGAUUAUAUUUCUGGUGCUAUUAUGUUUGAGGAGACACUUUACCAGUCAACUACAGAUGGAAAGAAGUUUGUUGACUGUUUGCAUGCUGAGAAUAUUGUACCCGGUAUCAAAGUUGACAAGGGUUUGGUGCCUCUUCCUGGAUCAAACAAUGAAUCCUGGUGCCAGGGACUAGAUGGAUUAGCCUCUCGAUCUGCUGAAUACUAUAAACAAGGGGCUCGUUUUGCAAAAUGGAGAACUGUCGUUAGCAUACCCUGUGGUCCUUCUGCUUUGGCUGUUAAAGAAGCCGCUUGGGGGCUUGCACGCUACGCUGCUAUAUCCCAGGACAACGGUCUCGUGCCCAUUGUGGAACCCGAGAUUCUUCUUGAUGGGGACCACUCCAUCGACAGGACACUCGAAGUAGCAGAGCGAGUCUGGGCUGAGGUUUUCUACUACUUGGCGGAGAACAAUGUUGUCUUUGAAGGAAUUCUGCUCAAACCUAGCAUGGUGACCCCGGGAGCGGAGCACAAAGAGAAGGCCAACCCAGAAACCGUUGCCAAGUACACCCUCACCAUGCUUAAGAGGAGAGUGCCUCCUGCAGUUCCAGGAAUCAUGUUCUUGUCAGGAGGACAGUCUGAGGUGGAGGCGACUCUGAACCUGAACGCGAUGAAUCAGAGUCCAAACCCGUGGCACGUCUCCUUCUCCUACGCAAGAGCGUUGCAGAACACGGUGCUCAAGACAUGGCAGGGUCGCCCCGAGAACUUUGAAGCCGCACAGAAGGCGCUUCUCGUACGUGCAAAGGCCAACUCGUUGGCCCAGUUAGGAAAGUACUCGGCUCAGGGCGAGAGCGAGGAUGCUAAGAAAGGUAUGUUUGUUAAGGGCUACACCUACUAAGUCCAAGCGCUGUGCGUGACUUUUCUCAAUUUUGUUUUUUCCCCCUCAUUUCCUCAAAAUUAUGGAGUUUUUUUUUUUAAAUAUCAAUCAGUGGUAAUAAGUGGGAAUGGUGCCCAAAUCUUGGCUCUUUAGGAGGUUGAGUUACUGAAAAUGAGGGAAUACUGUAUUUUUAAGUGAUGCAUGCAUCAUAUAUAAACAUCUGGAUACUUUCGUGACUUUA